AAUUAAAUUCACAGUCGAUUCGGGCCCGCAAAAUGAAACCCAUUUGCUUCGUACUCUGCGUGUUUUCGCUAGGCCUAAUCUACUUGGCCAGUGCCGAAACCGGUGAUAAUGUGGAGAUACAGACGUUCAAGAAGUACUCCUCCUCCUGCAAGGAACUGAAGCCCAAGAAGAGUGGUGUCCAGAAGAUCCAAGUGGGCAACGACGUGAUCGAGGUGUACUGUGAUGUGACCAUUGCCGGAAAAGGUUGGCUGGUAGUCCAACGGAGAGUAAAUGUGGAGACGAACUUCUUCCGCAAUUGGACCUCCUAUCAGGCGGGUUUCGGUGACCUGAAGGGGAAUUUCUUCCUCGGUCUGAACAAUCUGAACAAGAUUGCCGCCCUCGAACCCCAGGAGCUGUACAUCCAAAUGGAAGACUUCAGUGGGGAGAAGCGAUACUCCCACUACAACCUGUUCAACGUGGGCAACGUUUACAGUAACUACUCGCUGACACAGCUCGGCGUGUACAGUGGAUCCGCCGGGGAUAGUCUGAGUUACCAUCUGAACCAGCCCUUCAGCACCUUCGACAGGGAUAACGACAAUAGCACCACCAACUGUGCCGCCAGGUUCCAUGGAGCUUGGUGGUACAAGGACUGCCUGUCCAGCAAUCUGAAUGGAGCCUACCUGGGUGGUAACUACACCGAUCCCGAUCUGUAUGCCUCUGGAAUCACUUGGGGCACGUGGAAGGGCUUCUCGUAUAGCUACAAAACUGUUACCAUUAUGGUGCGACCCAUAAAGGUAAAAUAGACCGGAUUUUAAUGGGCCCAGAACUCAUUCUAAAAGUAUUAAAUAAAAAGCCUUUUUUGUGAGGGUGAAUAUUUUCAACACAA